AUGAAGACGAUUAGCGGUGUUUGGAAUAAAAUUGCCAAAUUAUUCACUAAUACAAAGAUUGGAGGUUUACCUCUUCGGAACUACAUGAAAGGCGAGGUGUGUAGGGGCACCGAAAUCUCCUUUUGGCUUGACCCUUGGGCUAUUAACGAGCCUCUCAAACUGAAAUUUCCGGAAUUAUUUCGUAUGGAGUCAGAGAAGAAAUGCUCGGUUGCGGACAGGAUUAGAUUUCAAGGUCUGGAUCGGGUUUUAGUUUGGAACUGGAAGUCGCCCAUGACUGACCCUGGUGUUAUUUCGGAGUUCCAGCAGCUUCUUGCUGUCAUUGAGACUAUCCAGUUUACAGGCAACGGCGACAGGUGGUUAUGGACGCCCGAUAAGGAAGGUAAGUUCUCUGUCAAGGCUGUUAAGAAUCUUCUCCAUUCGGACAUUGCGACGGCCAAUGGGUUUGUUAUGGACUGGUGUAAAUGGGUACCUGCCAAAUGCAAUAUUCAUGCUUGGAGAUUGGAAAUGGAAAGAAUCCCUACCGGCGAGGCAUUAAAGAAAAGAAAUACUCAGAUUGGAGAUUCGGUGUGUCCAUUGUGUUUCUCGGCCGAAGAAUCCUCAUUACACCUUUUUACUGGAUGUUUGGUUGCGUCUAACAUUUGGAACGGCAUUAGUAUGUGGUGUAAGAUCCCGUACAUCAUUGUGUUCUCGAUUAAGGAUCUUCUCGGUAUUCACAAGGAGUUGAGAGCAUCAGAAAGAAAAAAAGAUGCGGUACAAGGAAUUAUUAUGAUUGCCUGCUGGAGCAUAUGGAGAGCGAGGAACAAAUUGAUUUUCUCUAAUAAACCAAUCCGAAUAGCUGUCGCCGCUAAAGGUGGUCCAUUCUUGUAG